UGUUUGCACAAUUUCCAAAAGCUGACGUGGGAGAAUUUUUGGCAUGUGUGAAUCGUUUCAAUUAAUUUCCCAUACAAUAUUAUUUCUAAAAUAAUAUUAAAUAUUAGUUUAUUAGAGAACUUACCUUCCAGAAUUGAAAAUGUUGAAAUAUUUGAGUUAUUUCCUAGUGCUUAGUGUAGUUUUUGAAUAUUCCUUAGGACUUUACUUCCACAUCGGUGAGACCGAAAGAAAAUGUUUUAUAGAAGAAAUUCCAGAUGAAACUGCAAUUAUAGUGAACUAUAAAGUGGAAUUAUAUGAUCCACGUAGUCAAGGUUUUAUGCCAAGUAGUCCAGGAAUUGGAAUGCACGUUGAGGUUAGAGAUCCGGAUGAUAAAACAAUUCUUUCGAGAGUUUACAGUUCCGAGGGAAGAAUUUCCUUUACUUCACAAACUCCAGGAGAACAUGUCAUUUGCUUGUACUCGAAUAGCACCGCCUGGUUCAGUGGAACGCAAUUGAGAGUUCAUCUUGAUAUUCAAGUUGGAGAACAUGCUAUUGAUUAUGCAAAUGUAGCUCAAAAGGAGAAAUUGACAGAACUUCAGCUUAGAAUUCGACAACUCUAUGAUCAAGUCGAUACAAUUACAAAGGAGCAAAAUUAUCAGAGGUACCGAGAAGACAGAUUCCGUCAAACUUCAGAAAGCACUAAUCGCCGAGUACUCUGGUGGUCCCUCAUCCAAACAGCUAUUCUUUUAAUAAUGGGUGCGUGGCAAAUGAAACAUUUGAAGAGCUUCUUUGAGGCUAAAAAAUUAGUGUAGAUAUACCUGACAAAGUGUACAAAUAUCAUAUUUAAAAUUUGUAAGGCUUAAAAUCUAUGAAAAAAAAAAAUUUCUUGUACAGUUUAUAAAAUAAUAUUCUACUUGAGCUUGAGUUUAUGUAUCGAAGACAAAAGUCUUCUUUUUCUAUUAAAUGUAUUUCGAUUUCA